CACAAGCCAGAGCAUUCAGACAUAGGAGGAGAAGCAGAGAGUGACAUUGUCCUCCAGUCACAAGCUCUAGUUGAUUACGGGACAGAUUUUGAAAAAUAAAUCAAAAGCCAACACCUUAGAUGAGAGGGAGCUAGACAACCGUGAAAGUUCCACAAAUAAUAUGAUUGUUGCGGUCCGGAUGAGGCCUCUUAGCAAAAAGGAAAUUGAGCGUGAAGAGUUUGAGAUAAUAAGAGUCAUGGAUAAGAAGUUAGUAAUCCUUAUGGAUCCUCUUGAGCUUCUCAAUGCGAAAGGCACUCUCGGAAGAAACCGGUCUAAAGAAAAACAGUAUGCCUUUGAUUUUGCUUUUGAUCAAGACACCCCUCAAAAGGAAAUUUUUGAAAAUACAACCAGGCACCUUGUAGAGGGAAUUUUAGAAGGUUAUAAUGCUACUGUGUUUGCUUAUGGCGCUACAGGAGCAGGAAAGACCUACACAAUGCUUGGAACAGAGUCAAACCCAGGAAACAUGUUUCUGACUUUGCAAGAAUUAUUCAUCAAGCUAAAAGAGCAAAAAUAAUAAUUAUAAUUACGAUAUCAGAGUAUCAUUCCUUGAGAUUUACAAUGAAAUGAUCAGAGACCUCAUCGUUGUCUCCGAUGAAGUACUUGAUCUUAGAGAAGAUAAAGACAAAGGAAUCACCGUCGCUGGACUUUCAGAAGUUGAGGUCGAUUCUCCUCAAGAUGUGAUGGAGUUACUUUUCUUUGGAAACCAGAACAGAACUCAAGAAGCCACUGGUGCUAAUGAAACUAGUUCAAGAUCUCAUGCCAUUCUUCAAAUCAUCGUGGAAGCUAAGGAUAAGGCAUCAGGGACAACAGCUGAAAUAGCAGUUGGAAAACUGUCCCUCAUUGAUCUUGCUGGAUCAGAAAGAGCUGCUAAAACAAAUAACAGAGGGAUCAGAAUGAUUGAAGGAGCUAACAUUAAUCGUUCUCUUCUGUCCCUUGGAAAUUGUAUCAAUGCACUUGUUGACAAUAUGAAAAAGGGAUCUAAGAAUCACAUCCCCUACAGAGACUCCAAGCUUACUCGGCUUUUAAAAGAUUCUCUAGGAGGUAACUCAAGAACAGUGAUGAUUGCCAAUAUUUCACCUGGAAAUGAUAGUUACGAAGAUACCCACAAUACUCUCAAAUAUGCUAACAGAGCAAAGAAUAUCAAAACUUCUGUGAAGAAGAACGUCCAUAAUGUUGAAUACCAUGUCUCAAAAUACACUAAUAUAAUUAAUCAGCUAAAGAGCGAGGUUUCAACUCUCAAGAGAGAACUCGAGUCUAAAUCUGAUAUUCCUCCAAGUAUCAGGCAAACAGUAGAAAUGGCAAGUGGCUUCUCUGAGAAUAUUGAAAUCUACCAAACAGAGCUAGCCAACCACUUCGCAGAAGAGACACAAACCAAAAAGAGGAUCGAAGAGCUUGAAUCUAAAACUGAGCUCUGUAAGCUAUCGAUAGCCAACCUCAGGAGUGCCAUUACUCAAUCAGUUAAGGAAAAUGGCCGAGAUCAUCCUCACACACUUGACAUGUCAAAAGAGUUAGACUCAUUAUACAAAAAUGAAAAGCAAUUCAAAGCUACGAUUGAAACAAAGCGACAACAAUUAAACAGUAUCAAGGCUAAAAGAGAGAACUUUCCCAAAAAUUGGGAAAGUGCUGGCCUCUCAAAUGUCUGUGUUAAGAUGCUUGAGCUGCAAAUGAAACAGCACUGACUAAUAAUAGAUACAAUAGAGACUGACGCUCAAAAUUCAAUGUCAAAUAAGCAACUGCAUGCUAGAGAUCAGGUACUCCAAAGGAUGCAGGAACAAAUCCGAAUCAGAGACAACCUUCUCAACCAAGCUGAGAAGCACUUCACUGAUAAUAAAGUGAAUGUCCAUCUUGAUGACCCUAAGCUAGUUAAUUAUGAUGAACUAGUCAAGAUCAAUUCAUGAAUUCCGAAGAUUUCAAACAUUAGCACAAAUCCUUACGGAAUGGAGCAUGAGCCCAGAUCCCAUCUGAACAUUAUUAAGUCAAAAUACAAGGCAAAACUUGGUACGAACUCCUCACUACCUCCAAUUCCGAAGGCGAGGGAGUCCGACCAGCCGAGCUCCUUACAACGUAGGAACCCUUACCUGAAUAAGCAGUAUGGGAAUAAUUACAACCGAGGUAAAGUUAUUGGAAAGACAGGGAUUUCUCAGAACAACAGGAAUCCUCGUAUAAACAUGAACAAUAACUCAAUUCAUUCCCAGAUGAGGAAGAACAAGCAUACCUUCUCAACUCCAGCAAUGAAGAUGAAGAAGAGGUAUGGAUAUAAGCUCAAAACUGCAGUGGCUCGAGAUAACUCCGUCACUAAAUUUUCCCCGAACAAUAAACCUUAUGGCAUCCCAAAGACAGGCAUUAGAAAUGGCAUUCAUAUCAGGAAUGAGAUUGGCCGAAGGCUUAGAAGUCCUGAAGAGAGAAAAAUCAUGGAGUCUGUCAGAUCUAAUGAUGAGUCCAUCAUUUCUACAGCUUCUUCUAAUGAUGGAGGAAAGAAGGCCCAUGGAGAUGCAUCUAACCUCCAAGUAGCUGGUCAGCCACUCACUCUAAGAAAGGGAGGAGGUAGAUUUGAAAGGACUCCAUUUUCCAGGAAGCCUAGGAACAACCUAAGAAAUAUUGCCCAACAAAAUUUCUCUGUUGAUCAAAGAAUCAAUAAGUUCAAGAAGAAGGAGCUCUUGGCCAACUUGAACCGACAAUAUAGAAAUAAGUACCUGUAACCUCAUUAUUUUUACUAAGAUUUCAGAUC